UGCGAUGAAUAAUGCAUGAAUAUAAUUCUCAAAAGCAUCUAGCUUCCGGUUAGCAAAUAGAGAUGCCAUUUAUGGUGUCGCUAGCUACCGAUAAAGUCGCACUAUGUUCGACGUUCGUCUCUAUUACUGUGCUGCUCUUCUAAGUCAAUUGGCGACAAUCAAUUGUCAACUGGUCCCGUAUAGCGGAGCAACUCGAUUUGUUCCCAAUUGGUGGAUGGCAGUUCACCAGGCUGUGGGAGAGUGUCGGAAUUCAGGGGACUGCUCUGAAGGCGAGUGCUGUGUCCGCUCUACGGGAUCAAGGCAACACCUUUUUUGUUUACCGUUACGCCAUUUAGGCGAAGCAUGCCGACUUCGUCAAACUUUCACAGAGCAGUCGAAUCGCAUCUAUUUGAAUUUGUGCCCUUGUGGCAAAGGCCUCAUUUGUCGUGAAUCGUACACGGGAUGGGUAGACGCCGAAUGUGUUUCUUUACGCAAUCCAGCUGAGCUACUUCGCAAUUCUUUCUUGCAAGCGAUCCUUAAGGCCUUGGAAGAGCAGAGACAGCAUAAUUGGCAGACGAAAAAACGCAAAAUCCCUAACAGUUGGGUUUCAAAUUAGGUUGAUAUGACGUUGACCUUUUCACCGAUUCCGGGUGUUGGAAAGGAAAAAAUGCCAUGGUGUUUCGUUUGAUUUUUCCUUCUCCCGGCAUUGUCUCACGAUUCGUAACCUAUUGUACAUAUAGAAAUGAAAUGUUAUACAACGGAAAUAACCACUCCCUUUUGUAAGGGCUCUACCCAAAAAACAGGAGCGUGUGGACGAGUUGCGGUUUCGUGUUGACAACCCAGUACGUAAAUCAUCUGGGCGAGCAACGUUCGUGCAACAACCCGGCCAUCGCUGUCCCACAAAACCCGUUAUUAUUACAAGUGUUUCUUU